GGGUGGGCAGAAGAAGCGGGGGAGGAAGAGAAAUAAUGUGAGAAAGAGGAAAGAAGAUGGGGAAGGAAGGAGAAUAAUACUAUGAAAGUGUAUUUGAGACCGUCAGAGACAGACAGAAACAGAGAGCAAUGAUCACAGACACAGCUUUGUGUACAUAUGUAUCUCUGUCUCUGCAUCUCAUAGCUUGUCUGUGUAAGUCUAGUCAUUCGCCUCCUCUUUCUGUCCAAGCCCCCCACCUCUUUCCCCUCGAAGCAACGCCCUCUACCCUACCUCAGCAUCAUUCCUGUAGACGCAGCACACCUCCCUCAUCUCCCCUUUCCCCUAUACCCCCGCUUCCGUUCCCCCCUCACCCCCUCCGCCCACGACUGGUCUCCCUUCACCGGACCCGGCUUGCUGAUGGAUUCUCUUUGCGCAAUCUGUGCGUCAUCAUCCCCCUCCCCUCCCCAGCCGGAACCUCCAGCCGCCCUGAGCCCCCCAGGCUCAAACCCCUGGCGCAGGUCAAGGACUGAGGGUAAGGGGAGAAAGCAAUGGGGAAGGGACGAUCUUUGACGCUUAGGGGUUCUCAGAAGUCAAACCUGAAAAUCUGAAAAAGCAAGAAUUGAUUUCCCUACCCUGUCUUCACAACCCCCUCCCCUUAUGGACUCGCCCUACAAACGUCCUUCCCUUCCCUCGGGGAAGGAAUAAGGAGGGGAGGGGGUGGGGGUUGGAUAACAGAGAAGCAUGGAGGAGGGGGCACUUGGACGAUAGGGGCAGCAGCGUGAUAGGCUGGUGCGGGAGGGGGUAGUGAAUGAGAGAGGCAAAAGGACACUUUUCCUACCCAUAGGCAAGAACAAAUAGAACCACUCGGUCCCCUUCCUUUCUUCUAAUACACAAGCACACACAUAUCUUUCCCACCCCACUAGUUACCAACACGCACCUAGUUACCCAUUCACACUCAGUCACGCUCAACACAGGAAUCCACAUCCACACACACGCACAGAAACCUGCCUGUCUUCCCUUCAUUCAUAAUAUGUGUGGCACAAGAUACUGGAAACCUUCAGGGUGGGCAGGAAGAAUACUUCCUACCCUGGUUUUCGUGAUCUACUGCUUUCCCUUUCUUCCCUAGAGCCCCAGUACCCCAUUCCAGUUAAAUCCACAGAUUGACCGCUUGCGUUAUAGGUUUAUUCAUCCCCUAGCUUUAUAUUUGACACUCCCUGCCCUUCAACUCUCCCAUCUUCCUUGCUUCCUUCCAUUCAUCCGUCCAUCCCCUCCCUCUCUUCUCAUUCUCCUUCAUUCAUUCACUGCCUUCCUCCCCCAACCCCGUGUUCGCUUCAUUUAUUCAUUCAUUCAUUUCCCCGGCGUUGGGCUCCAGCGUGCCAGUUAGUCCUCACUCUUCAGUGCGCAGGCGCAGAAUGGGGAGGAGGAGAAGAAUCUUCCAAUCACCGGCAGCAAUUAGGGCCCCUCCACCACUCGCCCCGCUUCCCCAUGAAUGAACAUUGACGUCAAUCGGGCGGAGAAGACCCCCACGUGAUUCACUGGCUCUCCUUUAUAAAGAGGCGGGGCGGGCGCUGUCCAGCGUGCUGAAUCCUGGGGAGAGCGAGCAAGAAGCAGAGUCUACCACGCGAAGAGAGACCAGCCGGAUUCGGACCAAGACGACUGAAAGCUGGGCAGGGACAGCAACUUGGAGCAUCCGCGCUCUCUUCUCUCGAAACCCCGACCCUCAUCUCCCACUCUUCGAAUCCCAGCUGCCCCUGGAAACCACCCUUCUCCCAGGCUCAGCCAUGAGGUUCCCACAGCUGCCCGCUGCUGUCCUCUUCUCCUACCUCUUGCUACAGCUGGGCAGUCUUCAAGCAGCACCCCCGGGGCGCCCAGAUCGGUCGAUUCCCGUAUCUGGACAUGAAAACUUGGCAAUUGUAGGAGGGAAGCCAGGGGAAAGAGAACACCUAGAUCAAGAGAUAAGGGAGGAAAGAAGCCCAGAAAGAGAGCCUGAGGAAGAUCUAUUCCAGGGAGUAGAUCCACGGGCGCUGGCCGCAGUCCUGUUACAGGCGCUAGAUCAUCCCGCCUCGCCCCCGGUUCCUGGGGUUUUGCAACAGCAACAGCAACAGCAGCCACAGCAGCAGCAGCAGCAGCAGCAGCAGCAGCAGCAGCAGCCACAGCAGCAGCAGCAGCAGCAGCAGCAGCAGCAGCAGCAAGCAGAAGCUUUGCUAACAGAAACCGUGCGUAGUCAGACCCACAGUCGCCCGGCCCCAGAGAUACAGGUACCUCCAAUGCAUCCCCGUAUUCCAGAGGAGCGCAGCUCAGAGGGUUCCGACCCUUCCGAGGAAAUGGAGGCACUUGAGUCCUUGCUUCAGGAACUACGCGCUUUCAGUCCAGGAAACGCUAAGCGAGAGCCUGAAGCUGCUGCAGCUGAGGCGGAAACGCAUACCCAUACACUGACCCGGGUCAACCUGGAGAGUCCAGGGCCUGAGCGCGUAUGGAGGGCCUCCUGGGGAGAGUUCCAGGCGCGUGUCCCUCCCCCACCCCCAUUUCCUCAGCGGUUCCAGGAGCAAUUGCCUGAGGGCGUGUCCCUCCCUGAGGUGCGCCAGAGUGAGGGCGAGCCUGUUCUAAAAACACACCAGGGCGAGAGCAUCGUACCUCUCUACAAGGCGCACCAGAUCGAGAGUGCACCUUUCUCCAAAACGCGCCGCCCUGAAAGCGCAGCCAUGAGUAGGCUUGCAGCUGGAGGGCGCCUCCUGCAGCGGGGGCUGGCUCAGGUAGAGGCAGGUAGGCGGCAGGCUGAGGCUACACGGCAGGCUGCAGCCCAAGAGGAAAGACUGGCCGAUCUUGCCUCUGAUCUGCUGCUCCAGUAUCUGCUGCAAGGCGGCGGUGGCAACUUGGAGCGAGGUGUGGGGGACCGGGGAAUUCAGGGGGAAGCUGAGGAGGAGAGAGAGAGGGAAAGGGAGGAAGAAGAGGGAGAGAUCCGAGGCGGGGAGGAGGAAGACGAGCAGGGGGACGAGGAAGAUGCAGAGGCAGAGGCUGAGGAGGUUGAGAGGGGGCGGCAGAAUGCAUUGCUAUUCGCAGAGGAGGAGGAGGGGGAAGCUGGGGCUGAGGACAAGCGCUCCCAAGAGGAGACACCCGGUCAAAAGCGAAAGGAGCAGGUGGAGGGAGAAGGGGAGGAAGAUGAAGAAGAGAUGGACCCACAGACUAUCGACAGCUUAAUCGAGCUGUCCACUAAACUGCACCUGCCGGCCGACGACGUGGUCAGCAUCAUUGAAGAGGUGGAAGAGAAGCGUAAGCGGAAGAAGAACGCCCCUCCUGAGCCACUACCUCCCCCUCGGGCACCCCCUGCACCUACCCACUUUCGCUCCCCUAAGCCCCCACCCCCCCCAUCUUUCCCCGCUCAGGAUGAUCUGCAGGAUUGGAAUGAGGUGCUCCCGCCCUGGGAUCGGGAGGAGGUUUUCCCUCCUGAGCCCAACUACCCCUUUCCUAACUACAUCCAGCCCCGGACACUCGUCCCACCUCUUUCUUCCCCGACCCGCCGCCACCACUACCACGCGCAGCCCGCAGGGGGGUCGCGAUAUCACUUCGACCUAGGUCCACAAGGGCGUCGGGGCGAGGAGGAGGAGGAGAGGCAGCAGCAGGAGGAGGAGGAGCUGGAGAAUUAUAUUGAGCACGUGCUGCUUAGACGCCCCAGCCUGUUCCCAUGACUCCGUUUUCCCACUCUUGACGGUCUUCUCUCUUCCCUUGUGCGAACCUCCCCAAGCCUCCCUGUGUGUUGCUCUUCAGUGUUCUGCAUGCGGUCCCCGACCUUUUUUUGCGGGGAGAGGGAAGUCCCACCCCUCUUGUCUCAGCUAACCUGGCCCCACCUACUACUCUAAGUCCUGCCCCUCUUCCCUUUAACCAUCUUCGGUGGUAAACAAAUACCCCACACUCACGGUGGAGAAAAGGAUCGGCGGAGCUGGGCGUUGAGGAGAAAAUAGCCUAAGCGGAGUGGGAAGGAGCACAAGUCCCCAAACUCGAGAGGGCAGAAGUCUCCCGUGUCCGAACUCCACCCACCAAUGACGUAGCAAAGGAGCAGUUGAAAUCGGACUGUACCGAUCUGCUCUACACAUGUCUCCCCAUCGGGGUCCCGUUCCCUUUUCCUGUGCCUCUCUAUCCGAUUUUCUCAUCAGUGAACAAUAAUAAUAAAAAGCAAAGAAAAAAGAAAACAAAAAAAAACAAAACAAAAAACAAUCUUACCAGUUGUGUCGAAGCCGCGUGUGAAUCGCAGCCCGCCCCCGACCCUAGGGUUUUCCCCAAGACUCUGAUCCACUCUCCCCAAACUCAGAAAACUAAACCCUUUUCAUCCCUUCUCUGUUGUAAAUACCCUUCACUGGGAAAAUAGUUUUGCUAAGAAAUAAAAGUGACUAUUUUAUUAGGA